UACGCGUUAUCACGCUUCCUCGAGCGCGCAACGACAUCGAUGCGAUUCGAUUCGAUGUCUCGGUCCGUCGUGAUCACGGAGGAGAUGCUAGUCGGAGUGUUGCUAAUGCUAGCCCCUGUACUCCGGACAAACGCGUUAUUAUUCGGCUUCGUACCGGGCACCCCCAACGACAACAACAAAACGAAACGGGAGUUCAACGUUUACUGGAACGUGCCUACCUUUAUGUGCCAUAAAUACGGGCUACGCUUCGAAGAAGUAUCGGAGAAAUAUGGCAUUCUACAGAACUGGAUGGAUAAGUUUCGGGGCGAAGAGAUCGCGAUCCUUUACGACCCUGGAAUGUUCCCGGCGUUGCUGAAAGAUCCGAAUGGGAACGUGGUGGCGAGAAACGGCGGUGUCCCGCAACAGGGCAAUCUGACCAAGCAUCUCCAAGUGUUUCGUGACCACUUGAUCAAUCAGAUCCCGGACAAAUGGUUUCGCGGCGUUGGGGUGAUCGAUUUCGAAAGUUGGCGGCCGAUCUUCCGACAGAAUUGGGCCUCCCUCCAACCUUACAAGAAACUCUCCGUGGACUUGGUACGCCGCGAGCAUCCGUUCUGGGACAAUCGGAUGGUCGAGCAGGAAGCGAGGCGAAGAUUCGAGAAAUACGGGCAACUUUUUAUGGAGGAGACGUUGAAAGCUGCCAAACGGAUGAGACCGUCGGCCAGUUGGGGAUACUACGCUUACCCCUAUUGCUACAACCUGACGCCGAAUCAACCGAGCGCCCAAUGCGACGCCGCCACCGUUCAAGAAAACGACAAGUACGUAACCAAAAACUUUUAUUCCUCUCGUUAAUCGCACCCGAUUAAU